AUGGGAGAUGAGGGUGCUUAUAGCGGUGAAGGCUUGGAGAGCCGAUCUACCGAGAUGCUUCUAUCAAUUUUAGAGUACUACGACACAGGUUUCAUCGAGGAGUGUAUUAUUGAUGAGUAUGGAAGGAGAAUGGGAUCUGACAGGAGCGACGAGGAGAUGGCUCAGGAUUCUUGGCACCCAGGUGAUUCGGAGAAGGACAGCUCCUUCCAAGAAAAGGAGAAGGGGUCAGAGCCAUCGGAACUGCACCUAUGCAACUUUAUAGACAGCUAUGGGACGGCCGGAGAAGACGAUUCCUCCCGGGAAGAAAAAAGCAAAUUGUCUACCUCGACUAAGGAUGGCGAGUACUGUGGAGACCACCCCUCUCAUUUCUCACCAUCUCAAAGCUCCGCCAUUGAUCUUUCUGGGCUAGGGAACCUCAUGGACCCUACAUCGUUCGAGAAGGCUCUCGAGCUCGAACGGCGGUCGGUCCAAAGAGAGGAGUUGGUGCGUGAUGCAGAGUCUGAAAAAAGGAUCAUCGAGGCGUUUCACUCUAUUCCGGAAGUGACUUUCAGGGAAAACCUGUUCGAUAAGGUCAAGAUAAACAAGGUGUAUGUUGAGUCGAAUAUCCAAAUCAAGAAGCAGAACGGGAGAGAGUCUCGGGAGCAAAAAAGAGUGAUAAGAGGCGAGACCAGUGGAGGCCGAGAGAAGGAGGCAAAGACCAUAAUACUCAACGACUAUGUCGCGAAAUGGGAGUCUGUAAGCGAGUCGAGCUCGGAUAUUGCAGCAAGAGAAAAGGCAUUUAAGGUUAUAAAGGAGGCCGAGAAAAGAGCAACGGGAAGAGACCUGCUGUGCAACGGAGAUCUACAGCUGCGUAAGUUUGUUGUGGACCAGGAGGAAAGGUAUCUUAGGAUAGAAGAAGUCAUUAAGCUGAAUGAUCUCAAAUACAAGAACCUAGUGGGCAAGAUCUACAAGAAAGGGAAAAACGGAAAGUACCAAUACAACUGGUUCACGUUGAAAAAAAACUUCUUCACAUGCUAUGGGGGGAAGGAGAACAAGAUAACUUCAGACAACCUCCCCUCUGAAAGAGACGGAGACUUAAGGGAUCCUGAAAAUGGGGCAUUCUUCUUCAAAAAAAAGUAUACCAUAGACCUCCUGAAUGCUGGAGUGUACCUUGUCAAGCAACCUUUUUGGCUCGGGUGCAUAAGAUGGGGAUCUGAGUCGGAUGAGGAUUUGAUUGACAUAACCGAAAGCACGAAGAUAAUAAGGAUUACGCCGGUCAAGAACUACUUUAUGGUUUCUCUCAAGAAGAAUCUUGUGAGGACAGAAAUUAGGAUGGACACACUCGACUUUGCACUGAAGAGCAAUGGCGAAACCCACUUCUAUAGGUCGAAAGACAUAGACAGUUUUCUGGGAUGGGUGGUUGCAUUUGCAUUCAGGCAAGGCAAGGUUAAAUGUAAUAUCGGUUAA